AAGAAUAUGUGUGUGUGUGUAUAUGUGGUAUACAUUGGUGUGUGUGUGUGUCCGUCUGUAUUUCAAGGUGGGCGCCGCGCCUCCAGUCAGGAAGAGGCAUUAACCCUUUGCCUAACCGGCGGCUGGAAUUGCCUCCUCCCUCCUUCCCUUCUUCUUCUUCUGUCUCCAUCUCCGCCUCCUCUUUCUCUCUCCUGCCACCCUCUGCCAGACCGGCUGGAAGGUCCAUGUGCUGCCGGGGCUGAGUUCCUCCCUCUCCAGUGACAAGUGCCCAGCCGUCUCCAGGAGCAGAGGCUGGGAUGUGGAACAGCCGAUCCCGGAGCCCGAUUCUGCCUCCCCACCUCCUAACCCGGCUCAGCUCGGCAACCCAGAAGGAGCAGGUCAAUGGAGCAGGAUUACAUUCACAUGUAUAAUGCUUCCUUGCGCGGCUGCGGCUUAGGAUACGCACCAAUCAUUUACUACAGUCUCCUGCUGUGCUUGGGGCUCCCUGCUAACAUUUUGACGGUAAUCAUUCUGUCACAGCUGGUGGCUCGGCGUCAAAAGUCCUCCUAUAACUACCUUUUAGCUCUUGCAGUGGCUGAUUUGCUAGUCCUUUUCUUCAUCGUCUUUGUCGACUUCCUCUUGGAAGACUUCAUCUUGAAGAAGAAGAUGCCUGAAGUCCUGGACAAAAUUAUCGAGGUGUUAGAAUUCUCCUCCAUCCAUACUUCCAUCUGGAUUACUGUCCCUCUCACGAUCGACCGAUACAUUGCCGUCUGCCAUCCCCUCAAAUACCACAUGGUCUCCUAUCCAGCUCGCACUCGCAAAGUCAUUGUGAGUGUUUAUAUUAUUUGCUUUCUAACUAGCAUCCCAUACUAUUGGUGGCCAAACAUCUGGAAGGAAGACUACACAAGUACUCUUGUUCACCACGUCCUCAUCUGGAUCCACUGCUUCACCAUCUAUUUGGUGCCCUGCUCCAUUUUCUUCAUCUUGAACUCCAUCAUCGUUUACAAGCUUCGGCAGAAGUGCAACUUCCGCCUGCGAGGCUAUUCCACUGGGAAAACCACCGCCAUCUUGUUUACCAUCACCUCCAUUUUCGCCAUCCUCUGGGCCCCGAGAAUUAUCAUGAUCCUUUACCACCUUUACGUCUCUCCCAUCAACAACAGCUGGUCUGUCCACAUUGUCUCCGAUGUGGCCAACAUGCUAGCCUUGCUCAACACUGCCAUCAACUUCUUCCUGUACUGUUUCAUCAGCAAGCGGUUCCGCUCAAUGGCGGCCGUAACGCUGAAGGCGUUCUUCCGGUGUCAGAAGCAACCUGUUCAGUUCUAUACAAACCAUAACUUUUCAAUAACUAGCAGCCCAUGGAUAUCCCCGGCCAACUCCCACUGCAUCAAAAUGCUUGUCUACCAGUAUGAUAGAAAUGGGAAGCCUAUAAAGAUCUCUCCGUGAAAGACCCAUAAUGGAUGGUCCAUGGAAGCACAUUCUUUUUAAGCUGUUCCAUCGAUGACAUGGAAGAGCCAGGGAUAAUCGCUGCAAAUAGCAGCCAUUGGAUUUUGUUCCUCUCUGAGCGGCAGGAGGUAAAUGGGCUACAAUCGUUUAUAGGCGUCUUUGACACCUGCAGGAGAACAAAGUCAAGGGAGAAAGCUUCCCGGCUUCAUCUCUUGCAAGGCUUAAUCAAUAGUCUUGGAUCAAAAGACCCAUAGGACUGAGAGAUGUUCAUUUACUUGUAUAAGGCUUUGGGUGAAAAGCAUACAGUGCAACUUUCAAUUAAGUGUCAGUCUAUCAUCCUACCAAACACUUCAGAAGAUGUAGAAAUCUGAAUAUUUAUAUAUUUCAUAGACUUUGAUGGAGACUUUGAUGGAUUUUAAGUCGUUGCUUGCUCCUUUUCCAGUUUCGGUUGGUUUAUUUUCAUUCUGGCAUGGAGUCUUAUGACCUGGAUGUUUGGACACAACAUAAAGGAAGUUAGCCAUCUUUAGAAUAUUUGUAUGGUGCACAGGCUACUUUUUGAAGGUUU